AUGGACGACCAGCACAAGAAGAGGGGCGACGCUCCUUUGCUUUGGGUGGCGGGUCAGUGGCGGCUGCUUGCGCCCACCGAGAGCACCACCACGGCCGGUGGCCGAGAGGCGCCACUGCCCUCGGCCCGCUGCAACCAGUGCUCGGUCUACGUGCCCUCAGCUGACCGAUUGUACGUGUUCGGCGGCAACGAGGGCGUUUGGGAGUUUCUUCCGUUGAACGACCUCUGGGCCUUCGACCUAGCAAGCGCACGCUGGGCUCAACUCGCUCCCGAGAACACGGACCUGCCCGGCCUGCUGCCCACCAAGCGUUUCAGGCAUGCGUGCGUGUACGACGAGGCGACCCACAGCAUUCUCGUCUUCGGCGGUAUGACCCAAGACGACCCCAUCAACGCCGCUACCGUCCUCAACGACCUCUGGAAGUACGACAUCGCGGCCAAUUCGUGGAACGAGAUCAAGCCCGAGGGCCAGGUGCCACCGCCGCGCUACUACCACGUCGCUGCGCUCCAGCCACAGAAACAAAAGGAGGGGGAGGGCAACGUGAUGGUCGUGUUUGGCGGCAUCGAUGAAGCCAAGCGCCUCAACGAUCUGUGGAAAUACGACAUUGCGACCAAUAAGUGGCAGCUGGCCAAGCCCUCGGGCUCACGCUUCACGCCUCCUCCGCUGUCCAAUCCCGCUGCCAGAGCAACCGACGACGGCGAGUACCUGUACACCUUCGGCGGCCAGCGCUGGUGGGGCUAUCAGGGCAUCAUCAAUUCUGUAUUCAAGUGCCACCUGCCUACGAACACGUGGUCGGAGGUGUCCACCAAGGGGACGCCGCCGGAUCCUAUGAUUGGCGCCUCGGCGGUCAUCCUUCACGGCGGGCAGUCGGUGCUCGUUUUCGGCGGAUACGACGUCGACGGGUUCUACGUCAACGACCUCCACCUCCUCAACCUUGCGACGAGCACGUGGCUGGAGGUCAAGGUCGAAGGCCAAUCGGUGCCUGGCAAGCGCUACGCGCACUCGGCGAUGCUCAAGCUUGCCUCCGCCGACCAGUCCAUGCUGGUCUUUGGCGGCUACAGCGACUUCGUGGGCAAUGCCCACAACUACAACGACCUCUGGCAGCUCUCAAUCGCCACCAGCUUAGCUGUGGGGUGGGCGGUCUCGGUGGGAAUGGGCAGUUCGUUGGGGCGGGGCGGGCGGACGUUGCCCACGAAGCGUGGCUCGCAGGCACCGCAGGCGGUGAAGUUGGCGCGGGCGACGGUCAGGGUGAGGCCGUGGUUGGCGCCCGAGGGCUGCUCGGGGUCGUCUUCGCCCUCAUCCUCCCAGAAGCACACCGGGCAGAUGUCCCAGCCGCCCCGCGCCGGCAGCGUCAGGGGCACGCCACCACCAUCUUGA